AUGUUCUUGCUUCGUGUGCCUUUCAGUAUGCUCAAGCAGGCUGCGGUGUGUCAGCAGCGCUUGUUUUCUGCAUCGAUAUUUGUUGGCAAGGACAGCCCUCUGGGACAGCUAGAGAGUCUGGCCAAGUUGCUGUCUGAUGACGCUCGCAAAUCGCCCAAACCUGAUGCCACAUCUGAAGAAGCGGUGCCAACCAUGCCGAUGCUUCCAGAAUUUCCACUGGAUAUGGCGGCCAUUGCGGAAUGCGAGUCCGAAUCCGAUGCUCCAACCGUCACAAACAAGCAUCAGCCCAGCUCAUCAUUAUCAUCGGCACCGGCAUCGGCAGCAGCAGCAGCGUUAAUAAAAACCAUCGACAGACCCCAGCCAGCAACUCGCAGAAGAUGGUCGCGCGAAGAAAAAGCACGUCUUGUCAGAGUAGUCGAGCUUUGCCGCAAGAAGAGACAUGGAACGUCAGUCUGGCCGAGAGUGCAGCAUCACUUUCUGGACCGCACCUCCGUUGCGUGCCGAGACGCAUACCAGAAUAUCCUCAAACUAAACGCACAAGAAGGCUUGGCUCCAAACGAAGUGAGUCCCAGCCACCGUCUCACAAUAGAUAAGGGUAGCAGGCGGCGGCAAACGAGCUCCGAGUUGGAGAUUGCCGCAUUGACCGAUGCAGUGCGCAAGUACGGUGAACACAGUUGGACGGCUGUGGCCAGGGAGAUGGAGAGAACCACGGGGAUUGUCAGACUGAAGGGCGUGUACAGCAAUAUUUGGAACAUGAAGGUGUGCCCAAAGGCGCUGAGCGCACCGCCAUGGAGCAUUAGAAAGUCUGAGCGGCUGAAGCAGCUGGCCGAGGAGCAUGGCAGGGAUGAGGUGUUCUUGACGUACAAGUUUUUCCCCGAGUACACACCUCCGGUCAUCAAGACGAUGCUCAACCGUAUCGGCACAGAUCGGGAGGCGCUGGACUACAGGAGCCGAAAGCCCACAGUCCACAAACAUACAUUCAAAAAGAAAUGA